CUGGUCUUUUCUUCCAGUGUUGUUAUUAAUCUCUAUUCUCAGUCCACUUUCUAAUCUCGAACCCAGAAUUCGCAGUUCCUUCCUAACAACUCCCUGUUGGAUGCUUGGUAGAAAUCGUAUAAAACUCUAAUAAAGGGAGCAACUUUAUUUCAUUUAUGUUUGCCACCAAUGGCAUCUCCUUCGCAGUCAACUAACUUCCCCACCAUCAUCUUCAUCUUGUUUUCAUUCGUUCUCAUCCCAACCAUAAAUGCCGUUCCUUUCAUCGUGUUGCACGGAUGGGUUGACACACCUAUGUGAUUCACUACUGGCAUGUUUUGUGGCAGGCAUUAGUGAUAAAUGUAGUGGCCAUGGAGUUACUCGAUUUACUAAGCUUCUAAGCAGCUGGUCUAAUUCUCAAGGAUACUGCGUGGAAAUUGGAGAUGGUUCAUGGGAUUCAUGGACUAUGCCCCUUUUGGAACAGACAUCAAUUGCUUGUGAAAAGGUGAAAAACAUGACUGAACUUAGCCAAGGUUACAACAUGGUUGGACUCUCUCAGGGUAGCCUGAUUGGUCGAGGCAUUAUUGAAUUUUGUGAUGGAGGACCUCCUGUCAAGAAUUUCAUAUCGUUGGCAGGGCCCCAUGCUGGUAUUGCUUCAAUUCCAUUUUGUGAAUCUACCGUGAUAUGCAUAUUUCUCGAUAGCUUAAUCAAGUCGGAAGUUUAUAGCAACUUUGUACAGGAACACUUGGCACCCAGUGGUUAUCUUAAAAUUCCAACAGACAUAACUGACUACCUCAAAGGAUGUAGAUUCCUCCCAAAACUAAACAAUGAAAUCAAGGGCGCGAGAAAUUCUACUUACAAGGAACGGUUUGCCAGUUUACAAAAUCUGGUGCUUAUAAUGUUUGACGAUGAUACAGUAUUAGUACCCAAGGAAACAUCCUGGUUUGGUUAUUAUCCUGAUGGGGCCUUUGAUCCUAUAUUGCCUGCACAAGAGACCGAGCUUUACAAGGAAGACUGGAUUGGUCUGAAAACCUUAGAUGAAGCUGGAAAAGUUAAGUUCGUAAAUGUUUCGGGGUCGCAUCUGAAAAUCUCGGAAAGCGACAUGAAGAAGUACAUUGUGCCAUACUUGGGGGACCACCCAUCUACAGAAUCUUCAUCUUAUGAAUGGCUUUGGAGAGUCUGGUACUUAACUAAAGAUGUAAUUGGCCUGAAUGAAGAUCAACCUUUGCUGCACACCACGUAUUAAACCAAGUGCCUGUUGUAUAUUUUGUCUUUUGUACCAUCAAAAUAAUAAUAAUAAGCUGAUUCAAAACAUAUUAAGGUAGACUAAGGCAUUUAAUGCAGGAAACAUAGUAAAUGAUUUAAAAGUAUAAAAAUUGAAGUAAACUGGCACAGAGAAUUUGUAAGGAAUAGAAGAUUACUUUAGUGUAAUGUUGGUUAUGAUAAGCCUUGGUUGAAGAAUAUAAGAUUACUUAUAAAAGCAUAUUUUACUAAA